CUCUGCAGCUUCGUCCCUUUCUGUCGCUUAAACAAAAACAACCAAACUCAAGUGUUAAUUAGGGUUCAUGGAGAGUGUUUCAUAUGAACAGAAAUCUAAGGGAAACUGUAUUCCAGAUAACGGAACAUUUUAUGAGGAGAUGAAAGAUACUGUUGUGUAUCUGUAUAUCAUUAAACCUAUACAAGAAGUGGAGGAAGAAGAUGAAAGUAAUUACUUCACGGACGGGGAUCCCGGUCAACAGCUUCAAGAUCAGGAUCCUAAGGUGGUUGAAGAACCGGAAUCCGAGAAACUGAUGAUUGGAACAGGCGUUAUAAUUGAAGGAGGCUAUAUACUAACUGCUGCACAUAUUGUCAAUGGUAAUUCAUCCGUUUCUCUAAGGCAUCUUGAAGGGUCGAAUUUUAUUCACUGUAAAGUGAUUUAUAUUGAUACGAACAAAGAUUUAGCAUUGCUUGAGAGACGUCUUCUUGUUGAAGGAAGCCCUAUGAAAUAUGUCAAUUUUGGCAAGUUGGAGGAGAUAAAAACAGGUCGAAAUGUUUAUUGUAUAUCAAAUGCUGGGUCGAAUCGGGGUACAUUCACUAUUGGAUACAUUUCAAUUCAUAGAAGAUUGAUUGAGAGUAAGAAUCGUAUCCAGAUCAGCAACAAUCUCCACGGAUAUCAAAGGGGUUCAAUUGGUGCACCUGUUUUUUCAUCUCGUGGAUUGCUAAUUGGAAUUUUUGCCAAAGGAGAUAAACCGUAUGACCUUGCAAUCCCAAUUGACACUGUGAAAGAAUUCGUGGAAGAUUUUGAAAAAGAACAAGGGAGCAAACAAGGAAAAGAACAGAGAAGCAAACGCCGGAAAACAACAAAAAAGCGAAAGUCCACUUAACUCUAAGACAGGUGAGCUCUUGAGGUGGCAACAUAUAUUAUCAGAACACCCUGGGGUGGAAUUUAAGCUAUUAACGAAGAAUAGUGAUAACACAGGUUAUACUUAUGUUACUACUAACAAAUGCUAUUUUAAGAUUAAGCUAAUAUGCAUCAGCGAAUUUGAUAUUUAGAUUUUUUGUAAGUUAAGCUGUUAAGGAAAAAUAGAGGUUACCCUAAUUAUA